UCAACGCCCCAAGCAGUCUUGUCCAUUGAUCACUGUCCUGCGCAACUCACUCUCCUGUAAUCUGGGCGCCGUUGGCUCAAUAUCUAUCUCACCAGAUAAUCUCGCCAACGCAAAUGGCUCACACCCUGCGCGGCCUGCUCCUGGCCAUCCUCCUCGUCGUCGCCGGCGUGCCGGCGUCCGCGAAGGACUACACGGUGGGCGACUCAUCCGGGUGGAAGCCCGGGGUGGACUACACCGCCUGGGCCAAAGGCAAGCCGUUCAGCGUCGGCGACACUCUCUCGUUCCAGUACGGCGCGGCGCACUCGGUGCUGGAGGUGAGCGAGGCGGACCACAGCGCGUGCUCGGCGAGCAACCCGCUGCGGACGCACGGGGACCAGAGCACCACCAUCCCGCUCACCAAGCCGGGCACCCGCUACUUCAUCUGCGGCACCGCCGGCCACUGCGCAUCGGGCAUGAAGCUCGCCGUCACUGUCUCCGACGGCGGCGCGACGUCGUCGGGCCCCACCAUGCGGUCGACGAACGCGAAGCCCGCGGCCGGCACGACGGCGGCCGCGACCGAGCCGGACUCGAGCGCCGCGGCCGCUGCCAGCGGGGCCCGCCUCGCGACGGGCCUGAUGCUCGGGGCCGUGGGCUUCGCUGCCCUCAUGGGCUGAAUUGGAGUCCGUCCGCUAGGGAAAAGGCAGUGCGGUUUCGUGCAGUCCAGUUUGAUUUUGUUCUUGCACAUGUGUGAUCUGCUCUGAGCUGUGAGCUCUAUCUACUACGGCACUACAUAGUCCAUAGGUUACUACGUCCAAAGAGUGUCUGCGUGUGUUCGUGUGUGUGCUCUGUAAGUUUGUUGCUGUGAUUUUUUGGCCUACUCGCGGUACAGUUCUUAUCGUUGCUUAUACUGACAAUAAAACUUCAUCCUUGCAUAGACAA